CCUCGAGUCGCCUGUAUCGCCGUCGCCUGGGAGGUGUCCUUGAUUCAAAACACUGAAUGGCCAGCGCGCGAUGUUUGAGGCACCAGAGUAUUUGUCCAGCGACCAGUAUCCGGGGUGUCCCGUUUUUUAUUGGAUUGGCUGUAUUGGGCGUUGGGCAUUGGCGCUGGGUGCACACCAAGGGGCGGCAGGAGGCAAAACGGGAGCCGGGGCAGCGGGGCUGUCGAGCCAAAGAGAGGAAGUGGAGAGAGGAAGAGUCGGGCCGAACGAUGAACAAGCAAAGCGAAGCGAAGAAAACUGCAGCGCAACCAAACGGGAUGAAGCAAAGCGCAGGGAAAUCAAAGGAAAGGAAACCAAAGGAAAGGAAAUGGAACGAGGAAAGCUCAGGAAAGACUACACUACACAACACCGCCGCACACUGGAGCGCCCGCGGCCGGCUUAUGUACAGAUUUUGCGUUUGGCCACGGGCAGCUCCCACUCAAACUAAGUACACCACACAAGAGCGAAACUAUCGACAGAAGGCAAGAAUGCCGCGGGAGCAUAACACAUAAUGGACAAAAAAAAAAAAGAAGGGAAGUGAACCAAGAUCGAGAAAGGGCACUACAAAAAUCUACCGGCACUUCAUCCUCAGCCGAGCAGGCGAUCAAAACAACAGCGCAAAGCCACCCCCAGGGCGGCACAUGGCACAGGCGAGGCUUCCGAUCGAGCCUCUUCAGAUGAGCGUGUACGGCAGCUGGUUGCCGACAUCGGCG